CUUCUGCUCCUUGCUGGAGCCUGCAGAGCGUUUCUCUACCCGGAUGCUGAGCGCUGCCCACAGUGCAGCCCUGUCGGCGCAGCAGGGGGCGGAAUUAUUUCCGGACCCUUAAGAACAGCUUUCAUCUGCUGCCGACAGGCUCUGAAUCUAAGCCGGGAGAGGAAGCUGGAUUUAAAUGCAUAGCUUCUCAGGCCAAGGUAUGGUGCAGCUGUCACAGUGAACACUCAUCAUUGUUCCUGCUACAUCGUGACUACCUGCGCGCCAGGAAAGAGGUGGUGACAGACUGAGGUAGAGAGAGAGAGAGGAGCAUCACUGCUGAGAGAGAUGGCCGAGUGCGGCCGGAAGGCGCUGUCCCUACUGGAAGCGGCCCGCUCCCGGUACGAGAGCCUGCAGAUAUCCGACGAUGUGUUCGGAGAGUCCGGGGAUGACAGCAGCGACAAUCCCUUCUACAGCACCUCCGGAGACUCCGACUCAGACAACUACAUAGCCGAGGCGGCCGAUGAUGAGCGGCACCAUCAUCACCACCACCAUCAUCAUCAUCAGAAACGAGGGGAUAAGGAGUGCGGCCACAGCGGGGGGUCUGGCGGUGGGGGUACCGGCGGAAGCAGCGGUCCACCGGGCUCCCUCACCCGCAGUCAGGCGGAGGAGGAGGGCUGGACGGAGACGCUGCAGGAUGUCACCGUCCCAGCCUACAAGGAGACAUACGGCCCCGCUCAGAAGAUGAUGGCCAAUGCCACAGCUUUGGAUUUCUUCCAACUCUUUGUUCCAGACAACUGCAUCCAAAAUAUGGUCACCCAGACAAACAUGUACGCCAAGAAGUUUCAGGAACGCUUCGGCUCCGAAGAAGGCUGGUGUCCCGUCACGGCCCAGGAGAUGAAGGCAUUCCUGGGCUUCGUCAUCUCCACCAGCGUGCAACGCUGUGAAUCGGUGCUUAGCAUCUGGAGCUCAGGCUUUUUCAGCAACAGGAGCAUCGCUUUGAAAAUGAGCCAGUCACGCUUUGAGAAGAUCCUGAAGUACUUUCAUAUUGUAGCUUUCCGCCCGUCCCAGGGGAGCAAUCAGGGUCUUUACAAGAUCCAGCCGUUCCUGGAUUCGCUGCAGCAGUCAUUCAGCUGCACCUUCAGACCCUCACAGACACAGGUUCUCCAUGAGCCGCUGAUAGACGAGGACCCUGUGUUUAUCACCACCUGUACAGAAAGGGAUCUGAGGAAGAGGAAGAAGAGGAAGUUCAGUCUGUGGGUGCGACAGUGCACCUCCACCGGAUUCAUCUGUCAGAUCUCCGUCCAUCUGAAGGAGGGACAGGGUGCAGAUGGACUGGCUGCCCUGAAGAACAAGCCCCAGCUCCACAGCCUGGUGGCCAAGCAGCUCUGUCAGAACAUCUCUGGAAAGAACACCAUCAUUUUCACGGGGCCGUCCAUCACCAGCCUCGGCCUCUUCACUGAAUUCAGCAAGCAGGAUAUCUACUGCUGUGGCUUACUGAGCACCAGGAAGAGUGACUGUACAGGUUUGCCACAAAGCAUGCUGGUCUGCAGCUCCACGCCAGCGCAGCGCGGCCAGUCACGGGUCAUGAUGAAAGGCAGCAUGUCCCUGAUCAGCUGGUACAAUAAGGGACACUUCAGGUUUCUUACCAAUGCUUAUUCACCAACAAAAGAAGGUAUAAUUAUUAAGAGGAAAAGUGGAGAGAUCCCGUGCCCCCUCGCCGUCGAGGCCUUUGCAGCACACCUCAGUUACAUCUGCAAAUAUGACGACAAGUAUAGCAAAUAUUUUAUCUUCCAUAAGCCCAACAAGACUUGGCAGCAGGUGUUCUGGUUGAGCAUCAGCAUCGCAAUCAACAACGCAUACAUCCUCUACAAGAUGUCUGACGCCUACGCCGUCAAGCGCUACAGCCGGGCGCAGUUCGGAGAAAAACUGGUCAGAGAGCUGCUGGAUCUGGAUGACUGCUCCCCCACGCAGUGAGAAGAAAGAGGAGGAUGAAGAAAUACAAUCUCUCCCACAUGUUUCAUUUCCACUUGGUUGAACAGAACCUCAUGGGUCUGUGUCACUGUGCCAAGCUCCUGUCUCUCUUCCACUAGCUGUUCAUUUUUGCGCCUGUAAAUAUUCACUAAUACACGACUGCACUGUAUACAUUUUUAAGAGCCACCUGAAGCAUUUCCUCUGUCUCAGCUGCCGCUGUUGAUCACAUAUAUCUGUCAGCAGAAACAGAGAUUAAAAGGCACCAACAAAAUGAGUAACAUUUCACUCAUAAAUGAUGUCACCUUAACGUUUUUAGUCAUAAAGAGUUAAACCAAUAAAAAAAAUCUAUAAGGCUGAAUUACAAUAAAAAAUAUAUCUUUAAAAAAUGUUUAAAAAGAAUCACACCUGGCACCUUGUAACAAAAUCAGUAAACAGAAGACACUGCAUGCAUAAAGAAUGUAGAUUGUGAUGUUUGUGUUAAGUGUGAAAAAGAUUUUUAGCUCCAGGCGAGCUGUGAAAUAAUUGUGUGUUAUGUAAGUAAAAACUGCCAUCUGCGUGUCUGAUGUUGAGCCUGAGGAUUGAAGUGUGUGACACCUGUGACUUAAACGCGUCGUGCCCCAGCACACGACGUUCGCUUAGAGGUGCAUCGUUAAUAAAAAAGGACGCCUCGUGCAGCACUGUGUCUAUCGCAUCCGCAUCACUACUGCUUGCAUUGAAAAAGGUCCAGACAAUAAAGCCAUAAAGUUCCCUCUGAACUUUUUCUUUUUAUAUUCUCUAGCUAUAACAGCAAAAAUAAUUAUUCAUCCAUGCAGUACUUUGCAAAAGUAAUCAUAUUACUAAACUUUUCCAGUUUAUCACAUUUCUUAUAUAAAACAAGUGAUCAAAAAGCAUCUUGGAAAUCAGAAUAGCUGCAGCUUAAGUAUGGCGGUAAAAUGUGAAUUCAUUUUAUAAUUAUAUGCUGAUGCUUGACUCUCCUCAGGAUGCUAGAUGCUUAAAACAGUGAAACUAAUGUUAUCACUUUUUGUUAGAUUUUUCGUUUUGGCCAAGAGUUCCCUGACAACUUGAGGGCUGCUCAUAUAGUAUAAAACUUCCUUUCCCAGAUGACCCUUUACUUCUUUAAUAUAAAAAAGGGAUGAGUUAGUACAAAGUGAUGGCCUAGUGGUUAGAGAGCAGGGCAUUGGGUGCUAAAUGGCUCAAUAUCCAUACAAUGCUUUGCAAAAGUAUUCAUACAACUUGAACUUUUUCCUAGAUUUUCACACAAUUAUUAGAUGGAACUGGUGAUCAAAAAGCAUCUUAAAGACCAUUAAUAAUGCAAUCACAUUGUUAUUGGUGUAAAAAACACUAUAAUGGCAGCAACAUGCUGUGUAGAUGUGGACCAAUAGAAUUAAAAAAGAAUUUAGGUCAGACCUAUAUCCAGUCUAUGGCAAGGCCUGGGAGCUGAUGCCCAAUGAUGCAGUGAAAAAGGGGACAAUCCAAAGGCAUUAACUCUGUAGGGCUAUAUUAAACUACAUGUUUGAUUUUUAUUUUAUCAAAAACAAAUUUUCCUUUUGUUAGGUUUUUACAUUUGCACAUCAGCUUGUGUUGCUUAUCACAAUGCAAUCCAUGUAAAGUAGUGUAAAUGUUCAAGUUUUCUGAAUGCUUUUGCAAAGAGCUGUGUGUUUAAUUUGAAGAUGUUAACUGAGCUGUCACAUUAAGGGAUAACUAUUUUCUAUAAACUUCUUAUUCGGUACCUUUCUUCUUCCCUGCAUUGAUUCCAACAAUGUUUAUAUCUAACUAAACAUCAAAUCCAUUCCUCUUCAUUUUGGGAGGAGUUAUUUUCUCCUUUUGCGUCACACUGAAGUAUAAAUGAGUUUUAGAGGGCAGAAAAUGUCCGAGUGCUCCAGCGUUGCCAGGCAGUUAGUACAGUCUUGGCUGAUCUUCAGGUUUCUGUUUAGAUAAUAAUUGACGGUGCAAGCAGGUGGCAAAAACGGCUCUUGAAGCAGUCAGUUUAGAGCUUAGAUGAUGUGAGGUUUGAAAUUGAUGCAACUUAAAAUGAUAUAAGUCAUAGAACAGCUUAUGUUACAAAGGGAUUUCAUUAAAUACUAGAGGACUUUUAAAGAUGCUUAUUGUUAUGAGCCUCCUGUUGCUUUCCUCACCUUGUCUGAGGUGAAACUGCUUCCUAUUGCUGUCUGAAGAAUGGCUCCUGUUGCUUGGUUUAACAAAGUGGGGCUUUGUUCCUGUUAUCCUGGAUGACCUUAUGAAGGCUUUUAUAUGUAUGAAAAGUUUUGUUGUGAGCUCUGGUUUGGUGUCAGCAUGGUUUGGUGUGUGAAUACAUGUUCCAGUGACCGAUGCACCCCCAUCAUCACAGUCCUGCACUUUGAACCCUGUAACCUUAGUAAGAUGUUUUUAAUUUUUACUCGUAUGGCUCUGAUCUGUAAAUAUAAGUAGGGAAAUGAAAUGGAUAGUAUUUAUGUGAAAGUUAAUAAAUGACUAAAGAGUAAAAAUGAAUUAAAUAUAACAGAAGGGAUUUUUACUGUAGGAUUAGCAAUUUGUGUAUUUUGGUUUUGCAUCAAAAAUCUCUUUUACUCAAACUGAAGAUUGUGAUUGGUUUGUUUAAUAUUAUAAUUUCUGGAAUCCAAAUCACCAUUGUUAUUACUCUUGUUCCUUUGAACUGCUGAACUUUGUGAAUGAAUGUGAGUUAAUCACUGUUCAGCACCAACUAACUGUUUACCCAAUCCCCUCCUGUCACAUAUUUGUCAGUGUAUAAUUUUAAUACAAUGUUUGAUAUCACA